AUGCCUUCUUAUUCUCUUCUCUUCGACGAGGAGGUGCUCAUAGCGAAGAUAGAUUGGGCUCGUGGUCAGCUUGCCGUUGCUGCAGUGUUGCGUCCUAUUUUUGGUCAGGCAGAGGAUGCGACAGAGAAAGGAGAAGGAGAUCGACUUAGGGUGAGAUUAUGGGGUGGGGUGGGCUGGUCUUGGAAUGCCAGUGGGCUGGCUUGUCACUUGUGA